AUAUUUUUCUUCCCCCCCACUUAUUUUUUUCAUUUCCCUUUUCUUUUCCUCUCUCCUCCUUGCUUUCUUCAGCUAAGAUAUCACAUCUCUCUCUCUCUCUCUCUCUCUAGCAAUAUUUCUCCAUUAACCAUCCUCUCAAUAUAUAAAAAAAAACAUUAUUUUGUUUUCAAAAUCACCAUUGUCUUCUUGUAGAAACAUGUUUUCUUUCAUGUAAAAUACCCUUCCUGUAUUUAUAAUAGCAGUUCAGUAUUGAGUCCAAAUUAAUAUUACACACCAUGUCCUUUGAACUCAGUUGUUGUUAAACUGGAAAGCACUGCUUCAGAUCAAUGAAGAGAACUUUCUUAGAGAUCUAAGGUUCUUUCUUUCUUCUCAUCUGCGUUUAUCUUAAGCCUCAAGGCAAGUUCAGGGAUAUAUGUCGAUGGAACCAAUGAAGUCAAAGAUUAAGGGGAUGUUUACUCAGCGGGGCAAGGAGGACUUUUUUGUUGGCAGAGGCAAUAUGAAUAUUGUUGAAGAAUGGGAAAUUAGGCCAGGAGGAAUGUUAGUUCAAAAAAGAACUACUGCUGAUUCCAAUCACAACUCUGUUCCUGUUUCCAACAUUAAAGUUAGAGUCAAAUAUGGUUCUUCAUGUCAUGAAAUCAGCAUCAGUUCUCAAGCAAGUUUUGGUGAACUGAAAAAAAUGCUAGCGGAACAUACAGGAGUGCACCCUCUGGAUCAAAAGCUGAUAUUCAAGAAGAAGGAGAGAAAUUCGAAGGCGUAUUUAGAUGUUGCCGGAGUGAAAGAUGGAUCCAAAAUUGUGUUAAUUGAGGACAUUACCAGCCGCGAAAGGCGUUGUCUUGAGAUGCUCAAAUCUGCUAAGAUAGAAAAGGGUUCGAAGUCAUUGCAACAAGUAAGCUCGGAAGUUGACCAGUUUGGUGAUAAGGUGACAUCCUUGGAAACAACAACUUCCAAAGGAGGAAAAGUAGCAGAGAAAGACGUGGAUGGUUUGACUGAAAUCUUGAUGGCAAAAUUAGUAGCAUUGGAUGGGAUUUUUGUUGAGGGAGACUUGAAGUUGCAGAAGAGAAUGCAGGAAAGGAAAGUUCAGCAGUACAUUGAAGCUCUUGAUAGGCUCAAGUUAAACUAUUCUACUGCCAAUACCAGUGGAGGCAAAAUCCCAUUGCAGCAACAAGAUAAUUCAACUGGGAAAAUGCCAAUACCAAAGCAAAAACAGUCAGUUCAGUCCAAACAGCAGAAUGCUACAAUGCAAAUGCCAACACAGAAGCAGCAGCGACCAGUAUUGAGUAAUUCCGAGUCUUUUGUGGUCACAUCAGCAUGGGAAACUUUUGAUUAAGCUGUGGAGAUAUUGUUUCCACGAGUUCUUAGGUGAAGUGGGAGCAAUUUAAAGAAAAAGACGGUUAGCUAUGCUUGGAUUUCCAUUUUUCUGUCACUUUUGUUUCUUUACUCAUUCCUUGCUGUUUUAGAUUUAUGAUUUGUUUUUCUUUUUUGAAAAUAAACUCAAUUGGCUCUUAGCAAAUUGUAUAUAGAAUAUAGCAGAAGGUGCACAGCGAAGGGAGAAUUUCUUAUAUGUACCACAUUAUGUUAUAGAGUAGUUGUAAAUUCGGGCAAGUGGAAUUAUAUUUUGAAGAAUUUGUUGCAGCA